UUUUAAUUUUCCAAUACAACCUAAUUUUGAAGACAGAGAAAAGCUUAAAGUCAUUGUUAAUUAAUAUUCCUACAAAAAUAAUAAAGUUCAACAGCCCCAUUAAAAUACAGAGAGAAGUCAAUCACCAAAACUCAAAGUUUUCUUUCUCUUUCUUUCCUUUUAUUGUUUCGUCGAAGAUUCCUUCAUUGAAAAGUAUUCAGUUAUGGAUGAAGGCAGCACCGCCAGAAUUGGUCUAAGUGUCUACCCACUGCACCGUACUAAAACUCUUCAUCUGGUGAGGCAUGGUGAAGGGGUUCAUAAUGAGGCAAUAAGAAGAAAAGAUCCUAAGCAAUAUUUUGAUGCACAACUUACCCCUCUUGGUUGGAAACAGGUUGAAAAUUUGCGAAACCAAAUUGAAAAGAGCGGACUUUCCAAGAAAAUUCAAUUAGUGGUCACUUCUCCUUUGAUGAGGACUAUGCAAACAGCAAUGGGAGUGUUCGGAUCAGGUGAUUGCUCUACAAUUGAAAAUCAAAAUAGGCCACCAUUUAUUGCUGUAGAGCUUUGCCGAGAACUUUUAGGAGUUAAGUUACAUGAGAAAAGAAGAAGUGUUAGUGAGUAUCAAUCUCUUUUUCCUACUAUUGAUUUUUCACUGGUAGAAAGUGAUGAAGAUAUAUUGUGGAAGCCUGAUAUUAGGGAGACUAAAGAUGAAAUAUUAGUCAGAGGUCAACAAUUUUUUAACUGGUUAUGGAGUCGAAAGGAGGAGCAUAUUGCAAUUGUUACCCACUUUAUAUUCUUGUUUGAGAAUUUAAAGGCCUUUACUUCCAAUCAUCACUGCCAUCCUUUAGUCACAACCGAAACAUGUGCAAAGUUCAACAACUGUGAGCUUCGUUCAUUAAUUAUUGUUGAUAAGAGCUUGAGAGGGUCUUUCUACUCAUCAACUACUAAUAAUCCUAAGGAAGUUUCUCAAAAGCUUCAUCUUCCAAGUCAAGUUUAUGAAAAAUAUGCACAAAAAGGGACGGACGCAGUAAAAAAAAAUUAG